UCAGCCCUCAAAUUCAGUGGACACUUCUAUGACGUCUGACGCGUAUACACUUGUAGCGAAAGGGAGGAAUGAUUUUUAAAUGGACUGCCCUUGCCCGGAAUUAUAAUUGCGUGACUACUUAUAUUAACUAUAUAAUUAUUAAUAUACGCCGACUGUAUGACAUCUAGCAAAUUAAUUAGUUAACUAACGUUAGCCUGCCUAGCUGGAACUUCUGAAGAAUGAAUGUUUUAUUUCUACAAUUUCCAAACGCUAAGCAAACAAAAACAUAAUUACUUUUACGACACGUGUUUGUGCCGUCAUGUGCAUUAGAGGCACAAUUUCUAACCGUUUUACUUACACUUGUAUGUUAAUUUAUCCAUACUGAGGUUGGGGUUCUAAGUGUCGGCAGACUUUUCUUAGUGGAUGUAGAAAUAUUGCGAAUUGAAUUAUGGGGCGUAAUCAGGCCCGAAUUGAACAUAAUUAUAUACUCGCAAACUCGAUCAAAAAUGAAGGCUGAGGGGCUUACGUUGCAGACUUCCUUUGUUUGUCUAAUCGUUUGGACAGACAUCCAAGAUGGUGACGGGGAUACCCCCAAGGGCAUAAGGCGAGGCUAAACUCAGUGGACAAUGGACCUGAUCGGACAGCUCAGAGCCUCUGCUCUUUUCUGUCCAUAAAACGUGGAUGUGUCUUUUAUGAGUUUGAAACGCAGCCAAGGUCACAAGAUGACUAUACAAUGUUAACUUCGGCUGUGAGUGCCUGGGGGAAAAAUCAACAUCUAAGACAGCUCAUGGAAACAUUCUAUUGAUAUUUUUGGUAUAAAGGUGAUAACGAAAGUGUCGUUUUGACAAGAACAUUUUCAAAAUUCCCAAAUGGGGACGUCAAUUGGAAUUAUCUUUCUGAGCUCGGCGUCAGUUAAACUGCAGUACCGCCAGUCUCCUAUGGGUACAUGGGAUGGCGUACUUUCCAACCGGAACCCUGGCAUCAAAACGCGAUGACUUCAAAUCCGCCUCGAUUUCCGUUUCAUUGACAUACGGGAACAGGAACCACAACAGUAGCUGGCUGGUGGCCCAAAACAUUGAGAAAAAUCUAACUUUCAAAGGGCUUGUGCCUGAGUCCGACCUACGUGGAUGGAAGUGGAGAUUGCGUUCGAGAUGGGUCCUGAGAGAAUCUUACCGAACUCUGAGGAGGAGCUAGGCCAGGAGCGGCCGCCCGACGCUGGGGUGCCUGAGGUGGGCGGGGAGUGGAGUGGAGAGGAGGAGGAUGAUAAUGGAGGUUACUAUUACCAGCCACUAAACCAGGACCCUGAUGGACUAAAUGCUGCACCAGGGGACCAUCCUGAGGAUAUCCCCCCAGUAGCAGAGCAACUGCAAGAAGUCCAGGAGAGAAUAGAGUUGAUGGGCUUGCAUCUUCCCCAGCCCCCUCCCCCAGAUAGUGAUGAAGACCCAGAAGGAGCACACAGCAGCGCAGCCUCCAUCCCCAUGGAUGAAGACCACGUGGAGCUAGUGAAGAGGACCAUGGCAGCAGUGGCCCUGCCCUCUCUGGCCAUCCCGGCCUGGGCUCAGGAGAUCUCGGACGACCAGUGGAAGGACAUGGUCCAGCAGACGCUCCAGACUCGCCAAAGCUCAGAAGGCCUGAGGCUAGAGCACAAAUAAGACUGAAUUGCCUCCUUCCCUCAGUCUGUCUAACUCUGUCCUGCAUUUCACCAACACACUUACCCCAGGGGAGUCUGCACUGAGGUCCUCUCUGAGCAGGUGUUAGGUGUCUCAAUUCUCAAGAGAUUGUGAACUCCUCUACGUCCAAUUCUCAUUAGAUGAUAUUUCUGAUGAAUAUUUGUUUUUCAAAGGAGGCUCUUGGUACCUACUACAUCUAACCUGCUGCUUAAGGUCAUUUGUAGGGUUUGUGAAGGAGUUUGAAUGAGUAUAGUAUAUUUUGUCUCUCAGAUCAGGUAAACUCUUACCGUUUCUACUCUGGAGGAGCUUGAAUCAGUGUACUGGAGUACGUAUUAUGAGGCUCAAUGACAGUUUGGCCUUGAGUACAGAAGCACUAUUAUAUUUCCCCCCCCCCCCCCCCCCCAAUGCUUCCUGAGACAUUCCAACCACCCUUUCCAACAUCAGAUCACCUUUGUUUGUUUUUGUGACACUUUCUAUUGGUUGUGAUUACCAUAUUAUAAUACUAUUAAAUCAGUUUUUGUUGAACGUAAUAUAUAAGCUGUCCGGUUUAUUAGGUACACCAGACAUUCACAAAAAUUGAUAAGAUUCUACAGACAGUGAGUCAUGUGGCUUGCUGUAUAAAGCAGGCCUUCAGUUACUGUUAGAAUGGGCAAAACGAGUGACCUAAGCGACUUAGAGCGUGGUAUGAUCGUCAGUUCCAGUAUCUCAGAAACUGCUGCCUUCAUGGGCUUAAUGAGAAUGGAGCGACAAACGAAAACAUCCAGUCAGCGAAAACAUCUCGGAACACACAACUCGUUGAUCCUGGUCACGGAUGGGCUAUUGCAGCAGACGACCGCACCGGGUUCCACUCAUAUCAGCUAAAAAACAAGAAGUGGCUCCAGUGGGCAUGUGAUCGCCAUCACUGGACAAUUGGUGAUUGGUAGAAUAUUGCCUGCUCUGAUGAAACCUGGUUCCCCAUGCUAAUAGCAGUCAGGAUUUGGCGUAAGCAUGAGACCAUGGACCGAUCCUGCCUGGUGUCAAUGGUAAAGGCUGGUGGCGGUGGUGUGCCGCCGUCCAAUCUGUAGCGACGGCAUGUUGCUAUAGCGUUAGCAUGGACCAACAUCCCUGUGGUACUUUUCCAAGUCAUAGAAUCCACCCCCAGAAUAAUUGAGGCUGUUCUGGAGAGGAACGGGACUCCGACCGGUACUAGAUGAGUGUACCUAAUAAACUGGCCAGUGAGUAUAUGGGCAUAAAUUAACUUGUACCAUUAACUUGUACCACUUGUACCAUGAAUUCUGCAUAGGGUCAUUAGCUAGUUCAAUCAAUGAUGGAUAUUGUUUGUGAGGAUAACAGAUUCCCAAACUCAAUGGAUGUCCACUAUUUUUUACUUUAUUUUGUUCUGUACAUACAUGAACAUCUGUACAAAAUAUGACUUUCAUACUAUGUAAUGCUCUACCUAAUUAAAGUAGAACAUAUGUACAUAUGACCUGGAAAGCAGCUUAAGAUUAGUGUCAGACCUGGGGGGUGGGGUGGAGAGAGACCCUUUGUUUAAAAAAAAAUGUCCUCUUCAGUUUGUGUGUGGCUGCUGGACAAACUGAGCCAUUUCAUGUCAUCAGUCACCACCCAGCCAUGGCAUUGUAGUGCCCUGGUACCUAUCUCUUGUAGUCUGGAAUGUCUCAACAGCUACUUUCUGGAAGCAUGGCCAAUAGGAAUGCAUGUGCCUUGCUCAGUCAGGUGAGAGAACAGUAAUACAUUAUUUCUAUUAAGAAUUAAUAUUUAAAACUAUAUUGCGACUUAUUGAUAUACUGUUUAUAAAUACAAAUGUCUCAUGCACAGGUAACAUUUUCAAACCUCACCAGAAGACAAUUUAGAGCAUAGGUCUUCGGUGCAGACAAGACUUGGCAAAUCCAAUCUGAGCUGAUGAGAUUUUUGUUCCACCGAGGGAGAAUGUAGAGGUUAUCGCUACUGUGAUUACAAAAAAAGUGUAUUUUUAUGUGUAAGGAUAAACAUGUUAGGAAUCCAACUCAGAUGAUAUAAAAAGCAGCUCGGAUUUAGACUGCUCUAACGUUAUGACUGUAAGGUCAUGUUGAGGGAGGGAACUCUUUGGCAGCCAGCCUCUAACUAAGUAUGUGUGCGAUGACGACUCACUUUGCCCAGCAGCCUUAGGAGUGAGUAAUUCCCCACUGUUGGGUGUGAUUGACAGACAACUCAAUAGACGAGACCAUACGACAAAGAAAUGACCUAACGCAGCAAGUGGAAGAAAACAAACCAGAAACAAAAGGAGUAAGGAGGGUGAGUGGGAUUAACCUACAGGACAAGGGGGUGGUAGGGGUGCACCCCUAAGCAAUAUACAUUACAAUAUACAGUACACAUUUGCAACAGUAACCACAGCCUUUCCUUUUCCCCAUAUGUGCUAGUAAAGCAAUUCUAUAUUUUUUUAUCUGUAGAUAGUCUUAUGGGGAGGAUUGUUUUGCGCACUUCCAUACACCAUUCAAGUGCAUGAGUUUGUUUCAAC